CUGUGACAGCGUCUUCUCGCCUACCGCCCGAGCAGUCUCCCAGUCACCGCGUUGCGCUGUCUUGUCUUUGGUUUUGUGCUGUUGCGUAUCACACCGCGUCCUUCGUCAGACCCGACAGAGGAAUACGGAGCGCACUGCAGCACCGCCCUCGACCUUUGUGGUUCGAGGCCAACGCCCACCAGGACCCCCCGACAUUCGCCUGUCUGCGCGGCCACCCUCUCAAGCAGCCCACCCGCCCAACCGUUAUUUGCUGCCAGAAGCUACAGCAGCUGCGUCCCGUCACUAUCAGGGCGGGUUGCUUAAACCCUGCUAUGCUUCACCAUGCCGUCCUCUAAAGAUCACGAUGUCGACUUCGACAACAACAACAGCCGCAUUCGUGAGGAUCGACUGCCACACCGAUCCAGAAGUGAUAUUCGGAGAGACAAGGACCGUGACCGAGAUCGAGAUCGAGACCGCGACCGCGACCGCGAAAGAGAACGGGACCGUGAUCGAACCAUCAUCGACCGGAACAGAGAACGCAGGAAGGAGAACAAGGAUAAGGACAGGGAGAGGGAUAGGGACAGAGACAGAGACAGAGAGAGGGACAGAGAAAAGGACAGGGAGAGAGACAGGGACCGAGACCGAGACAGGGAACGGGACAAAGAUCGCGACCACGACAGGGAACCGUCCCUGCUUCGAGAAAAGCGGUCAUCCAGGACUCCUAGGUUGUUGAAAACCACAGACAGCGAUACCAAUUCCCGUUCAUCGCGCCAGUCAGUAUCUUAUCGCCGCCAUCGGCCAAAAGAUAUGGACAGAGAAGAGUCCUCGAUCCUGUCAGGGGCCACGAGCUCCAUGACCGAUAUAGUUCCGGAGCUUGCCCGGAGCAUUGAUCGGCCAAACAUACCGUAUCCUACCUUCAGCAAAGUCCACAGCAAAGACCUCAUAUACAGCAAAGAGGAUCUCUCUUCUACCCGCACGGAUCCGCUCACUCCUGAUGGCACCGACCUUGGCAACAGCGAUAAGAGGCGGUCAAAGUCUGUUGACUCUCGUUCGGCGCCACGGAAGUCUUCCUCUCUUCGAAAGGAAUCACGAAAGGAAAAGGAGGAACGGCCGCCCAGCCCACCGGAAACAGACCUGUCGGACUCUAGAAGGAGGAGAUCCGGGACUCCAGUAUCUGUGAAGGAAGGUGACCAAGCUCCAGAACGAUCGGAUUCCAAACGUUCAAAUCGAAUGUCGAGAUCACGAUCUGACGCAAGAUCAAAGCUCUCCAAAGUUUCCAGUGUGUCCAGCGAAGCCACAGAGACACAGUCCCAGACGUUUACUUCCCAAUCCAGGCACUCACCCGAAACCACCCCGACAGAGAACACCGAUGCUUCAACAGACCUAUCGACAGUCAAGGGGUCUACGAUGGAGUCAAUGGCGGACACGGUUCAAAUCAGACGACCACCGCCGAUUGAGGUCGAUUCGUCGCCCGAGUCCGCACCAGACUCGUCACCAAAGACGCCCACGCAAACGCCACAGUUCCCGCCUCCCGCUGUAUCCCAGGAACAGAAGCAGGCGCGGUUUGACGCUCCCUCUGACUUCACUGCUGCCUCCGAGGCUGUGACAGACACGACCGCUCAGCGAGCACCGCCACCGCCGCCACCACCACCACCACCUCCUCCUCCUCCUCUUAGCAUUAAUCUUCAGGAAGCAACCCGAGUUGACUACCUCCUGCAGAACGGAGGCUUGCCGCAAACUGUUCCAAAGACUUUCCUUGCCGUGUUGCCGCGCCAAAAUGGCAACAGGCCAUCGAACCCGCCUCUGCAGGGUGCUGAGACACUAUUUGCACCUUUCUUCAACCUAUUGAACCAAUACAAGACUGUACUACAAAAUCAUGGGUCUAUUGCGGUUGCCACUGGUCAUCGGACCGUAGCCCGCCGUCUUUUAGAUCGACUAGAAAACGUCUUCUCCCGCGAUCUUUGCCCCGAUGGCUGCCCGUGCAUUAUUUGCCAGCACUCGGACGAGUCACAUAGAGGUCUAGGCUGGGGAGAAGUGCUCGAGAGGGUCAGCGGCCGGGUUGAUCUGCCGCAAUGGCCGCCUUUUGAUCUCGCGUCACUGGGCAGCAAGGCCCAAGAGGAUCUGGCAGAACUUCCUCCGAGACCGACGUCUCCUAUCAACAUGGAUCCUGACAUUGCCGAAGAGUUUAGGGAACAUUAUCUGCGUCAAACGAAGCGCGUCAGGGCAGCCGUUGACAGGUGGAUGCAAACAUGCGAGAAAGCCCCUGCCCCGUUGCCCCAAGAGGUAGACGACGAGACGCUAACCUUUGCCAUCCUCACUAACCUGAACCCCGAUGACCGGCCCUUUUUCAAUGCUCUGCUAUCAGGGUCGCGGGAUCUCCACCCAGCCACAAGGGCACCGACUCCUUCCCCUUUACGCAAGCCUCGAAAUGAUUUUGUGGUCAAGACGGGUCUAUCUCUGCAGAGAUUGUACCGCCUAUCGCAGGCCCCGCGCGAUGCCGAGACAGCCAUGUAUCUUGUCAAGAACCCUGGCAUGCAUGAUCUUCUCUAUACUAUCUCUGACAUUAACAAUUCCGAGUGGGAAAUCCUGAUAUCAGGUCGCUUUGACGGAUUUCUCUGGUCGGGAGCAGACGAUGAUGGAUACGAACGAGACACUCCCUUCUCCCGGGGACCGACCCCAGCCAACGGGAUGGGAGAGAGGGGAUUUGCAUCUCCUCGUAUACUGAGCCCAGGCAUCCGCAACUCAAGAACCAACACUCCCUUCAGCCCCGGUAUGGGAGGUGGCCCUAUGUCCUCCACUCCUUUUUCCCGCGGCCCAACACCCGCCUCAUUCGUCAGCGGGACAACGAACAACUCAUCUUAUCCCUCUCGAGGAGCAGUGAGCCACGACGAGGAAACAGAGAUCCAGGUUGUGGGCGAGCUGGAGCGUGAAAUUUUCAAUGGCAUGGAAGCGCUCGAAGAUGCAUUUGAGAAGCUUCACGAGCAAGCCAUGGGGGUCAGGGAUGCGUUGAGGAGAAGGGGUGCAGCGCUGGCCAUGAGCCUGCAGCAGAAGAGGGGACUUGGGUACAGAGGGAUUGACGUGUUGCCUUUGAGCGGGAGCAGUGGGGCUUAUGACCGGCCUGCUUGGGCCGACGAGGAGAGGAUGAUGGACGGACUGAGUGCCGGUGGCGAAAGAUACGGCGCUGGCGGGCCCGGUCAAGGCGGUUAUUAUGAUGAUACCCAGAGCGAGUGGGGAUUGCAGGAUGAUAUCAGCGAACUAGCACCGGAUGAUUCGGCGAGCCAGAUCAGCAGCAACCGGAUGCGAAGGCCGAAAAGGAGACGGGAGAGGGCAACGCCGGCGCCAAUUGAGGAGGAAGACGAGGCAUGAGUGAUUUC